AUGGCCUUGACCGCUGGAGUGGGCACCCCGCAGUACAUGAGCCCAGAGGUUUUGCGCGGGGAGCAGUACGGGUUUGCGGCGGACUGCUGGAGUUAUGGUGUCUUGUUAUGGGAGAUUUACACGCAGGCGCGUCCAGACUUGUGGGAGCAACAUGCCCGACAGCCGCGUGGACCGCUCCUCAGCAGCCUGUUGAAGCUUCUUGACGAGGGAUUGAGGCUGCCGACAGAUGCGACAUGGCCGUCCUGGCUAAGCACCAUGGUGGAGGCAUGCUUGGAGCAGCGGCCUGAAUCGCGACCGUCUUUUAUCACUUUGGAGGCCCAAUUGCGAGCUCGAGUGGAAGAGGGCCAGCGUAUGGCCUUGGCCAAUGAGCAUGAGGAAGAUGAUUCUUCGGUUUAA